AUGAGUUCAAUUGUUAGAACAGCUUUAGUUACAGGUGCUGCACAAGGUAUUGGGAAAUCAAUUGCUUUACAAUUAGCUAAAGAUGGUUAUCAAGUUGCUAUAACAGAUCUACCAUUCCAAGGUGCAAAAGCUGAAGAAACUGUUGAAGAAAUUGAAAAAUUAGGUUCAAAAUCUUUAUUUAUUCCAACAGAUUCAAGUAAAAGAUCUGAAUUAUUUGAUGCAGUUGAAAAGGCACAUAAAGAAUUAGGUUCUUUUAAUACAAUUGUUAAUAAUGCAGGUAUUGCACAAAUUUCACCAGUUGUUGAUAUUAGACCUGAAGAUCUUUCUAAAAUUAGUGAUGUUAAUAUUGGUGGUACUAUAUGGGGGAUUCAAGCUGCUGUUAAAAAAUUUGAAGAAUUAAAACAACCAGGUAAAAUUAUAAAUGCAGGUUCAAUUGCUUCACAUCAAGGAUUUGGUGCUUUAGGUUUAUAUUCAGCUUCAAAAUUUGCAGUUAAAGGUAUUACACAAUCUGCUGCAAAAGAAUUAGCAUCAAGAAAAAUCACAGUUAAUGCAUAUUGUCCUGGUAUUGUAUUAACACCAAUGUGGGAUUUAAUUGAUGAAAAAAUGGGUUCAUAUACAGGUACACCAAAAGGUGAAACUUUAAAACAAUAUAUUGAAGGUAUUGCAUUAGGUAGAGGUGCAACUCCACAAGAUGUUGCAAAUUUAGUUAGUUUCUUAGCUAGUGAAAAAAGUGAUUAUAUUACUGGUCAAUCAUUCUUAGUUGAUGGUGGAUUAGUUUAUAAUUGA